AUGAAGCCUGUGCUGCUUCUGCAGCUUCUUCUGUUGAUUCACUUAACACCACAGCAGGUGCCUGGGAGCCCCAAGGAACAUUUGUUGAGGAAUAUCUUGGAACCCCCACCCUGCAGAUCGGAUCCUGGAAACUGUACUCAAUUCUGUACAUUGCAGGAAGAUUGCCAAAACGGACUUCAGUGCUGUUCUUCCUUCUGUGGGAUAGUCUGUACAUUAAACAACAAUAUAAAUCAUGACAGAUCCACACAUCAGAAUGUUUGCUCUCCCCAAUGCUGCAGCCUGUCUUCUGCAGAACGGUUCCCCUCAACUGACCAUGACUGCUCUGGAGGUCCUGGUGUUGGCUGGGAAGCUUGGGUUUCACAUAAAUUAGCUCCCAAAGAAGAUAAACGUCAUAUCUCUGACCUUUGUAGCAUCUUCUAA